AGCAGCCACGAGAGGGCGGUACUUCCCCACUCAGCAAAGGACAGGUGAGCUGUCACAUCACCUCCAGCUAAUAGAGCGAUGCAUCAUGGUCAUCGUAGUACCAGACUCCUCUUUCUAAACAACAACUACAAAUUCAACCAUGUGACAUUCCGACCCAACAGUGACAGGUUGUGAGCGUGUAUCUCUCUGUGUGUGCGCUCCGUGACAAGUUAUGCGGAACUUGUGCUCCUCCUCGGCGUGUCAGUGUUGUGGCUUCCUAUUUACUGAAAGCCUCCUGAAACAAGCUGACACAGAGACAGCGGUGUUUGUGGCGGCUGUGAGGCGCGAGGAGAGGCGGUUAAGUCAGGAUGAGUGAAACAAACUGCAGACACCAAAUUAGUGUGUUAAGAUUAAAACUAUGAAUUUAUUACUGUAUUUUUCUCGAUCGGUGUUGAUAUGAAGUGAGUUUGAACGACUUUUUGCAUAUUUUUUUCGCUUUUUAAGUGCUUUUUUUUUUUGCUUUCCGCGCGAGGCUGAACGAGCUAGAUAAAAUGAAGUUUAACGGUUACCUGAAGCUGCGGAUCGGUGAGGCGGUUGGCCUGAAACCCACAACCUUCUCCCUCCGCCACUCUGUCAUCUUCAACAAAGCAUCUCCAGCCCUGGACCCUUACAUGGUGGUGAAGGUGGACGACUUUAAAGUCGGACAGACUCACACCAAACAGAAAACCAACACGCCAACGUACAACGAGGAGUUCUGCCAGGACGUGAACGACGGGAAACAGAUCGAGAUCGCAGUGUUCCACGACACUCCAAUCGGAUAUGAUGACUUUGUGGCCAACUGCAUCAUCCAGUUUGAGGACCUCAUCAAAACCUCCAACACAGGAGAGACCUUCGAUGGAUGGAUGGACUUGGAGCCAGAGGGCAAGGUUUAUGUCCAUAUUACUCUCACUGGAUCCUUCACUGAUGAUGAUGCCAUAGUGAAAGAGAAGACCUACAAGGAGUUUACUCGAAAGCGACAGGGGGCCGUGAGACGCAGGAUCCACCAGGUCAACGGACACAAGUUCAUGUCCACUUUCCUCCGCCAACCCACCUUCUGUUUCCACUGCAAAGAGUUCAUCUGGGGUGUAUUUGGAAAGCAGGGUUACCAGUGCCAAGUGUGCACCUGUGUGGUUCACAAACGAUGCCACCAGCAGGUCGUCACUGUGUGUCCACGCAUGAAGAAACCAACAAAAGAACAGCAGCCCACAAACCAAGGCUUCAGCAUUAACGUCCCUCACAUGUUCAACAUCCACAACUACAAGUCGCCCACCUUCUGUGACCACUGUGGCUCACUGCUGUGGGGGAUAGUCAGGCAGGGGCUGCACUGUAAAGUCUGUAAAAUGAAUGUGCACAUCCGCUGCAGAGGCAACGUGGCUCCCAGCUGCGGGGUCAACAGUGUGGAACUGGCCAAUAGGCUUGCAGAGAUGGGUCUGCAGGCUGGAGGACUCUCUAAACGCAACUCAGUGUCACAGGCCAAAAAUGCAGGUCAGAUCAUGACGCCCACUGAAAGGGGAGAGCGCAGGGACUCUCAGGAGGCCCCUCGACUGGGCAUCUCAGACUUCACGUUCCUUCAAGUCCUCGGCAAGGGCAGCUUUGGCAAGGUGAUGCUGGCCAGACUAAAUGACAGAGAUCGAGUUUUCGCCGUCAAAGUGUUGAAGAAGGACAUCAUUUUACAGGACGAUGAUGUGGAGUGUACCAUGACUGAAAAGAGGGUGCUGUCACUGGCCUGCUGUCACCCCUACCUCACCCAGCUCUACUGCUGCUUCCAGACACCGGACCGGCUCUUCUUUGUGAUGGAGUUUGUGAAUGGUGGCGAUCUGAUGUUCCACAUCCAGAAGUCAAGGAAGUUUGAAGAGCCAAGAGCACGUUUCUACACGGCAGAGAUCACCUCGGCUCUAAUGUUCCUGCACAGCAAAGGCAUCAUCUACAGGGAUCUUAAAUUGGACAAUGUUCUUCUUGAUAAAGACGGUCACUGUAAGCUGGCGGACUUUGGCAUGUGCAAAGAGGGAAUAUUUGAAGGUGCUGCCACAGGAACUUUCUGUGGGACCCCAGAUUACAUUGCUCCCGAGAUCCUGCAGGAGAUGCUGUAUGGGCCCUCUGUGGAUUGGUGGGCUCUCGGGGUGCUGCUGUAUGAGAUGCUGUCAGGACAUGCUCCCUUUGAGGCCGAAAAUGAAGAUGACCUCUUUGAAUCCAUCCUCAAUGAAGAGAUUGUUUAUGCGUCUUGGCUCAGCACAGAGGCAGUCAAUAUACUCAAAGCUUUCCUGACCAAAAACCCAGCCCGGAGGCUUGGCUGUGUGGCCUCAGAGGGUGGAGAGAGCGCUGUGACCAGCCAUGCUUUUUUCACUGGCAUCGAUUGGGAGAAGCUUAAUCGUAGAGAAAUAGAGCCACCCUUCAAGCCCAGGAUCAAAACACCAGAAGACGUCAACAACUUUGACCCAGAUUUCACUCAGGAAGAGCCCACCCUGACGCCCAUCGAUGACCCCCUGAUCCCUUCCAUCAACCAGGAGGAGUUUCGUGACUUCUCGUUCACCUCGCCUGAACUGCUGGAGAGCUAGAGUCUCCUCAUUGGUCAUCCUGCACUCUCGCUUUUCUCAGUUUUUGUGACUUUCUCAAAGACAGAUCCCAGUGGUACGUGCAGUAUGAUGCUGUCACAUUCCCCAGAGACAUGAGGGUGCAAAGUGCCGAGGAGUCAGACAAUCACACGCUCGACAAAAACCGAGGCUGCACCUGAUGAACUCUUACACACUCCUGUAACUCCCCAAAAAGUUGGGUGUGAUCGUCUUUUGAAAUGGCGUUUAGUAACAGCUCGGGUGAGACACUUGCAUGCGAGUGUCUGCGUGGAAAUAUUAUUUGACAUUUUGGCGUGUUGCAGACUGGUUUAACAAAGGUGUACAGCCUCAGAAUUGUACAGUACGUUUUGCUCUUGAAGAGUUUGCUUCCAGCUACUUCAAAUGAACAAGCACUUUUUGGAGCAUAAUGGCAAGGUUUGUGUUUAAUUUUCGCCUGAACACUCUCCAGAGAAAAGAAGAAGUCAGGAGCCUGUUUUAUCCAGCUUGACAAAGAUUCCCAGAAAACUCGAGCCACCAGUAAAAAUCCUGGAAGGACUGAGUAGGAUGAAAUAGUUUUUCAAUGAUGUAAGCCUACUCUGGAAAAACACCAAAACUCAGGCCCACAUACACUGGCUACAUGACAGUUGAUGCCCUCUGCUUUUAAAACAAAAGGAUGAAACUUAAAUUAGGCCUGAACAACAGCAGUAUAUCAUUCUCAACUUAAAGGUAUAGUUCACCCCAAAUCAAAAAAAUACUUUUCCCCCUUACCCUUAGCGCUUUUGAUCAGUCUCGGUUGGUGUGAGUUGCUGAGUCUUAGAGAUGUGUGCCUUCUCUUUAAUACAGUCAUGGAAAAUUAUUAGACCACCCUUGUUUGCGUCAGUUUAUUGUUCA